GGGGGAGGGGUAUUGGUGCAGAUUGUCUUUAGAAAGAAAGCUACAUUUUUGCAAGUUGCGAUUCCACAAACUUUCUCCAUAAAAUGCAGGCAUGUUAAUCGCUUUCUGGACAGUGUACAUAUUCAUCAUAUUCAUGAUUUGUCUCCCUUUCACCAAAGGGAGUUAACAGGAAUCCAAAAAGCGUCUUCGCUGUGGCGGUUAAAUCAAAGGAUUUUGUGUGGUAAAUAGUUUGGUGACAUCAGAUCCAGACACAUCAUGGAAUCAAGAGGUAAGCGCAGAGUCUCAACCAGAGGGAAACCAAGGCCACAUGAUGACCUGGAGGUCACACACCUGAAAAUGGAGUCCUCAGCUGCUGGUGAUAAAGGUGAUCAUCAGAAGAAAACAAGCUCAGCUGCAGGGAGUGAUGAGGAAGCUGUCAGACAUAGUGACAAAAAGGUCCCAUUAGCUACACCACUUAAAAUUCCUUUGCCAGGAAUGACAAGUGUCUCUGCCAUGGCAGGUGCUCCUGGUAUAGCAGGUGACCCUGCUGCAGAUACUCCAUUUACAGAAACAACAGGGUUAAUACGUCUACGUAACAAAAUUCAAGCAGAGCUGGACAAGGAGACGAGAGUCAAAGCUGAAGUCAGUCCUGGCUUAGCACAGUUACGCAACACUCCUGGAAGAGGCUUGAAAGAAAAGCAGAGAGAGCUAAUACACAAACAUGAGCAAAUCAGACAGCAUAGCGACAAACUAAGCGUUGGAGGAGGAGUAACACUCUGGCCUAACAUGAACCAAAUGCGCCUAAGCAGGAUGGAGAUUAUUUCCCUGAUCAUCAUAUGCUUUAUGUUGGUAGCAGGAACAGGAUGGUUGUUUAUUUUGCUGCAUGGUGACAUCUUUAAUGAAAUACUGGAUCUUACAAAACAUGCAAAUCAAUUUUCGAAAACCCAUUCUGUGAAAUACAUGGGGCGUUCAGAAGGACUGAAGGCCUCCAUCAUUGGCUGGCAUGCAGAUUUUCGGAGACUUCUGGAAGUUGUUGACACAAAACUGAACGUGUCUAGGCCAUCUUUUGGAUAUCAGGUGUACAUUGCAAUAUACCUGCUGGCAUUUGGAAUUCUUGUUUACUUCCUGGUUGACAAUAUGUGGUCCAAGAGCAAAUUGUCUCCAGGGCGUAUCAAGAAAUGGGUGUGUCUUCUGGUGAUUGUUGCACAGUGGACUAUAAUGCUGUUUGUUCUCUUUGUGUCUGCUCAAAGAUUAGAGUCUGCUCUGGUAGACAAUGUGCUGCAACUGUCAGAAAAACUGGGAGAGCUUGUGGAGCAUGACGUUGAUCUGAGUACUUGGCACAUCAUGGUUCAGUACUGGCGGGGUCGCAUGUUGCCACCUACAGCACGUGGGUUGAUAUGGGUACUGGGACUUGUACCUGUACAUGACCUGACAACAUAUCUCCAGUACUACAGCCUUCCUGUUCUAACUGUUCUCAUCACGCCAGUCGUACGUCUUUGUUUAGCUUUGCGCUCUGUGUACUCCACACCAUCAAAGGAUCUGUAAGCAUUGUCUGCCUUUGUUUUGAGAAGCAGUGAUAAUGAAACCAUGUUUGCUAGUGUGCAGAACUAUAAAACUGUUUUUAUGUCUUUUUCAUAAGUGUUGAGCUAUACAUGUAUGCAUGAGUGUGCACAAAUAGCAUGACAUGUGUCAAUAUAUUGGCAAAAUUAGAAACAUUGUGAGGAUGAUCAAGCACAAAGUAUUUGUUUGUUUAAACAAUGGGAUUCUUAGCUUCUUUAGGAGUGGGAGGCAAUUUUGUGUGCUUGUUGACUAAUCAGAUUUUUUUUUUUUUUUUUUUUUUUUUUUUGUUAAACUGUAUAAAUUUUACCUUUCAUAGAUUUAAAGGAGGAAGUUUUGCCUCACUUCAGUUAUAUUAAAGUCACACAAGAAAGGAAAGUGCUGGAGAAAAAGUAGUUUAUAAAACAGAGGCAAAUCUAAAUAGCAGCUACAAAAUAUCAUGAUUUUUUCUCGUCCAAGUUGAUUUUUAAUCCUACUCGUUCUAAUCACCUCCAAUGGAGCAUAGGGCCGCAUGAUUUUUAAUACUGCUACAUUUUUGUCAAGUUCAUAUUGCUUUUUUCUUGUCAUAGCUGUCCAUGCUGACUUAAUGCAUCAUUGCUCUUCAUUAUUCAUCCAGAUUUUUUUAUGUCGAUUUUUAAUCCUAAUAUAUUCUUGUCAUCAGGUUUAGGGUGCAUUUUCUUGUCACUUACAACAAAGCAGAAUGUUGCUAACAAUAUCACUUACAAAGUCACUAACAAAAUCAUCUACUAUCAUGUAUGGACUGUCACCAACAAUAUCACUUACUGCAUAGACUGUUUUUGUUGUAAAUGUCUUCAUCUCUAUGCUCCUGAGUACCUGUCUUCCUGCUCCACCCUCCAGACUGCAUCCCACUCACUUUAUUCAAUGGCUAAUACACUCCAACUCCAUAUUCUGCUCUGUUUUGCUUGCCAGUUCACCUUUUAUACAUUGUUCUCUCUGCAGUUUCAAGCAGCUAAGCACCUUUUUAAAAUGUCUGCCUUGAACUGUUUUCAUAGGAUCAGUGGGCUUUACAUGUCACAUAAAUUCAACUGACUGUUUAUUAUGGGAUGGUGCUGACAAACUGAUCCAUAUCUUGUUAAUAUGCAUGCACAAAUUUAAACAACCUGUCUUCACACUGGUUCAGGAGAGAAAAGUAUGUUGUAAAACCUGAGAAACUUAUGUAAGACAGCAGUCUGUUUCAAGAGGCAAUAUAUAUCAUGCAUCAUACUGUUAUUACAGCAAAAGAGAUGUUCUCACCUCUUAUUGCCUAUAUAUAAGUCUCUUCUUCUUCAGUAGUUCUCUUAUGAAAGUCAUGUUACAUUUUCAAUGCCGUACAUUUGACAAUGUAGUUAUGCAGUACAUUAUCACAAUGUAAUUUGAGUGUUGAGUCCAGACAAUAAAGGAUAAUAUAAAUGUA